CUCGCAAGCGUUCCAGACUCUGGGUUGGGAUAUCUGGGUGCGUGGUGCUGUGGGCGGAUUUGCUUUAACUCUCCGCGACGAGAGUUUGGUAGUAAUCGGAGGAGGUGGAGUAAUCGGCUCGUCUUUUUGAUUGCUCGGAGGACGGCUGUCGAAGAGACUCUGUAGUCUGGCCUCCUUUGGGGGUCAAGGGCGGGGGAGGGUUUUCCGCCAUGUUGGUGAAGGCAAAUGAAGGCGACUGGAGCUCCAAGACUGUCGGCUCUACUGGCUCAAGUCCGCCAUAUUAAUAAAGAGAAGGAAAGGUUGACAUUGCUCCCUGACCCCCCCAACCCCCAGCCCCCCGCCACCAUCACCACUCUACACAGACACAAGCACACCCCUUAUUUCCCACAAUAGCUCGGUAGCCCGUCCCCUGACUUCCUGGCCCCUUCAGUGCCCUUAGGAAGAGUAGCAGCCAGCGCUUCAGAACUGGCUUAAGACAACACCGAAUGAGGGGGAAAGGGAAAUGCCGACCAAUUGCGCCGCGGCGGGCUGUGCUACUACCUACAACAAGCACAUUAACAUCAGCUUCCACAGGUUUCCUUUGGAUCCUAAAAGAAGAAAAGAAUGGGUUCGCCUGGUUAGGCGCAAAAAUUUUGUGCCAGGAAAACACACUUUUCUUUGUUCAAAGCACUUUGAAGCCUCCUGUUUUGAUCUAACAGGACAAACUAGACGACUUAAAAUGGAUGCUGUUCCAACUAUUUUUGAUUUUUGUACUCAUAUAAAGUCUAUGAAACUCAAGUCAAGGAAUAUUUUGAAGAAAAACAACAGUUGUUCUCCAACUGGACCAUCUAAUUUAAAAUCAAAUAUUAAUAGUCAGCAAGUACUACUUGAACACAGUUAUGCCUUUAGGAAUCCUAUGGAGGCAAAAAAGAGGAUAAUUAAACUGGAAAAAGAAAUAGCAAGCUUAAGAAGGAAAAUGAAAACUUGCCUACAAAAAGAACGCAGAGCAACUCGAAGAUGGAUCAAAGCCACCUGCUUAGUGAAGAAUCUAGAAGCAAAUAACAUAUUACAUAAAGGCACAUCAGAGCACAUUUUACCAACUGCCUUAAGCAAUCUUCCUUUGGAAGAUUUCAAGAUUCUUGAGCAAGAUCAACGGGAUAAAGUUUUACCAAUUCUCUAAAUCUAAAGCAGACCAAGAGUACAUUUCAUUUAAGAUUGGCCUUCAAAAAACUUGAUGCCCGUCAUUCAUUUAUUCAAAGGUAAAGAUAUUAAAGAUAUUUAAGGAAAUUAUGCCAAAAUUGGGUAUUUAAUAAAGUUCUACUUGAAGUAACAUUAUUACUAUAAUUUAUGAAGACUUGAUUACAAAAUUAAAUGGAAAUUUUUUAUUUAAAGAAUGGAAGUGCCUUAUAUGAGAAUUACAUGCUUAAAAUUUUUGCUAGGCAACUGUAUGCUCGCAAGGUGUUUUGUGUUUUUGUCUUUUUAAAUUUUUAUGAGUGUGUGUUUAAUUUAUAAUAGAAAA